AUUUAAGGGCGACGGGACCGCACGUCGCCGAGUGGCCUGGUGCUGGGCAGCGCUCGUGGUCUUUCGCCGAGGCCCCUCGCAGCAGAGCCGGACAUGAUGGCCACCUUCCUCGUGCUGAGGAACAAGGCGAAGAUGCCCAUCCUGGGCCUGGGCACGUGGAAGGUAAAUUCCCCUCCAGGCAAAGUGACUGAUGCUGUGAAGACUGCAAUCGAUGUUGGAUACCGCCAUAUUGACUGUGCUCACGUCUACCAGAAUGAGACUGAAGUGGGCGAGGCCAUCCAAGAGAAGAUCAAGGCGAACGUUGUCAAGCGGGAAGACCUCUUCAUCGUCAGCAAGCUUUGGUGCACAUACCAUGAGAAAAGCUUGGUUAAGUCCGCUUGCCAGAAAACUCUGAGUGACUUGAAGCUGGAUUACUUGGAUCUGUAUCUUAUUCACUGGCCUACAGGAUUUAAGGCUGGGCAGGAUCUUUUCCCAUUAGAUGACAAAGGCAAUGUGGUUCCCAGUGAUACAAGCUUUGUGGACACAUGGACGGCCAUGGAAGAGUUGGUGGACAUAGGACUGGUGAAAGCCAUUGGAGUCUCCAACUUCAACCACCUCCAGAUUGAGCAGCUUUUGAGCAAGCCGGGGCUGAAGCAUGAGCCGGCAGUUAACCAGAUUGAGUGCCAUCCCUAUCUGACCCAGGAGAAGUUGAUUGAAUAUUGCCAGUCCAAGGGCAUUGUGGUGACAGCCUACAGUCCCCUGGGCUCUCCUGAUCGGCCAUGGGCCAAACCAGAGGAUCCUUCUCUCUUGAAUGACCCCAGGAUCCAGGCCAUUGCAGAAAAGCACCAAAAAACUGCAGCACAGGUUCUGAUCAGGUUCCACAUCCAGAGAAAAGUGAUUGUGAUCCCCAAGUCAGUCACCCCAUCACGGAUUUCUGAGAACUUUCAGGUAUUCGAUUUUAACUUGACUGAUGAGGAGAUGUCCACGAUCCUCAGCUUCAACCGUGACUUUAGAGUCUGUUCCUUGGUCAAUGCUGCUUCUCACAAGGAUUAUCCCUUCAACAUCCCCUAUUAAAUUCUGGCUGGCUGCUGUCCAGGGUUCGGAUGAUGGUCUCCUGAGACUUCUAGCUUAUCUGAUGAGUAUAUUGUUCUUCUGCAUUGCGUUGGUCAGUCCUGCUCCCAAGACCUGGAUCACCCUGAAUAUCACUGUGAGACCUCAGCUGGAUCCAAUGAACUCCUGGUUUUCUGGACCCUCUCCCUGCCUAACUGGGAGGAAUACAGUGUGACUUCCCCCUCCCCAGAUGGGCCUACAGACAAGAAUUAUUCCACCAACAGUUUUCUUCCUUUUAGUAACAAAUAGAUUUCAUCUGUUUGAAGUUAUAAACCCUAACUUCUUGCUUUAAAUAAAAAAAAAAAA